AUGUCAACAGCUGAUAAAGACCAUGACCACAAUAUCAGUGCUCUGAAUCUCGCAGAUACGCAGCUGGUCCAAGCAACUCUGGAUGCCAGCAAGCUCAGUUCUCCAAAUAAUGGCCCCGCUAUAAGGUCUGGCGAUGUUUCUGCCUGCCCUUCAAGAAGAGGGAGUACUCCGCGAAAUACCAAUUCCGACCAAGUAUCCCCAGCUCUUGCACCCCUAUUUCCACUUCCAGAUUCCACCUGCCGCUCAGAUCCCCCCAAAACCAAGCCAACAGAUAACCCCGACACCGUCGAAGACACGACAUCCCGCAACGCAUGGGGCGACUCCCGUUUCGCAGAGGAAUCAAAGAUGAUGAAGACUCACGCCGACUCACUCUUCGCCGCGGGCGUCAUCUCCGCUUCCCAAGCAGCAAAGCUCAGUGUGCCCUGGCAUGAGAAGGGCGCCGUUAAUGGCUCGAUCUGGGAAGAGCAGUAUCUCGACCCAAGCAAGAAGGUGACGGAGUAUGAUAUCAUGCCUUAUGAAAGAGCCCAGAGAAUCCAGCAUCGGAAGGAUGUUGCACUGAAGAAGUGGUUGGAGGACUGGGAGGCGGGCAGGAUUGAUGAUGAUGGGAAUCCGCUCGUGCGAAGGCGGGAUAGCGAAUGGUCUACGGGCAAUACUGCUGCUAACGCGGAGGGAAGCGAUGGAGUCGCGGAGUCAAUGGAGGGAGGGGAAAGUUGUAGGGCAGAGUGUAAAAGCGGAGGAGCUGGGGAUGCGACUCAGGGGCGUUACUCAGUGGUUGAGAAGUCCCGACCCGACACUCCUGGAAAGAACAAGAAGCCUAUUGGAAUGAAGGAUAAAGCGGAACCCCAAGAUCUCGAAGCGAUCGCUGAAUCUCCAUCCAGUACGCAGUCCUCAAUGACGGAUCCACCAUCCUCAUUUCCUUCGUCCUCAUCAGAGUCCGCGGACAACGUGUCCGUACCAACUCCACCGUUAGCCACUGCCAGACCUCCAACCAAGGUCGCUGCCCACCCUCGAGAAAACGCGCCCAACCAUGCACCCGCUGGACCCUCCAUCCUAAUCUGGGCUCUGUCACAGCCGUCCAAGAGUACUACCCCAUACGACAACGUGGAGUACAGUGAGCUCCUUCGACUGUGUCGCAUUCGCGGCUUGAAGCGUAGUGGUAACGCCGAAACGCUUCGUAAACGACUUGUGGCCGACGAUGCUGCUGUUAGGGAUGGCACUGCACGGAAAGAUCUGUCGAAGUAUACGACUCCCGCAGAUGGGAGCGUUAGGCCGAGGGGUGUGACGGGGAAGAGGAGGAGGAUUGAGGAAGACAAGGAAGAGGAUAAGAAGCCGGAGAGAAAGAAACUGCGGGUGGCGAAAUAG